AUGGCGGAUUAUGAUAGUGCCAAAUACUGGGCCAAACAGGGUAUCCGCCGUGGAUUACAGAAAACGCGCUAUUACUGUCAAUUAUGUCAAAGGCAGUGUAAGGACGCAAACGGGUUUCAAUCACAUAACAAAUCGCCGUCGCAUUUAAGGAAAGUGGGCCAAGUGACCGCUGAAGAUGCUCAACGGUACAAUCAUCAGUUUGAGAAGGGCUUUCUGCAAUUGCUGAAGCAACGACACGGGGGAAAAUGGAUCGAUGCCAACAAAGUGUACAAUGAAUAUGUCCAAGACCGUGAUCAUAUUCAUAUGAACGCAACGAUGCACCGCUCUUUGAUGCAGUUUGUUCGCCACCUGGGUCGCGCGGGUCAAGUGGACGUUGAUAUGGACAUGAAUGGCAAGUCGGAGAAUCUUGAGGGUCCUUUGCUAAUCAGGAUGCAUCCCUCAUCUCUCUCGCCACCUUCCGAAGAGGGUUUACCAGAAAAUCAACAAGAAGAACAAGAAAUCAUAGCCGCCGAGCUUUUGAAAAGACAACUUUAUCGUGCUAAACGACAAACGGCAGAGGAAGACGAGUUACCCCAAUCAGCGACAAAAUUGGGAAUAAGCGGAAAUAACGUUUCGGGGCCCGUACAAGUCGCCUUUCACGGCAGUGGGCGGGUAAACAAAAAGAAAAAAAAGGUCCUUCCACGGAAGGAUGGAAUCAAGUUCCGUUGA